CUCAAGAUGGCGUUUAUGGCCACGCUUGGAAUGCUGCGUGAAGCCGCAGUUCUGCCAUCACUCAAGAUGGCUGCCCCCAUCAAGAUGACCGGGGUGUGCCGAGGGGGAAAGGGGCAGCAGCGGGAUGAUCUGAGAUGGUCUAGCAUUGAAUCAUGUGGAAGCUUCUGAGACUGGGGAGCCUAAUGGUGGGGGGUGAGGCCCGUGGGGGAUAGAGGGAGCAAUAGUGUGUCUCCCCAGGCUAACUCCAACCUCUCCCUGUCCUCUGGACUAAAAUGGGGAAUACACUGGGCCUGGCACCGAUGGGGACUUUCCCCCGCCGGAGCCCCCGUCGAGAGGAACCUCUGCCGAACCCUGGGAGCUUCGACGAACUGCACCGGUUAUGCAAAGAUGUAUUCCCAGCACAGAUGGAGGGAGUGAAGCUCGUGGUCAACAAGGUUCUGAGCAGCCAUUUCCAGGUGGCUCACACCGUGCAUAUGAGUGCCUUGGGCUUACCGGGCUACCAUCUUCAUGCGGCUUAUGCUGGGGACUGGCAACUCAGCCCUACUGAGGUUUUCCCCACUGUAGUUGGGGAUAUGGACAGCAGUGGCAGUCUCAACGCCCAGGUCUUGCUUCUGUUGGCAGAGCGGCUUCGAGCUAAGGCUGUCUUCCAGACACAGCAAGCCAAGUUCCUGACAUGGCAGUUUGAUGGCGAAUACCGGGGAGAUGACUACACGGCCACUCUGACCCUGGGGAAUCCUGAUCUGAUUGGGGAAUCAGUGAUCAUGGUCGCUCACUUCCUGCAGAGCCUCACUCAUCGGCUGGUGCUGGGAGGAGAGCUAGUUUAUCAUCGGAGGCCGGGGGAAGAAGGGGCCAUCUUGACUCUGGCUGGCAAGUACUCAGCUGUACACUGGGUAGCUACACUGAACGUGGGAUCAGGCGGUGCUCAUGCGAGUUAUUACCACAGGGCUAAUGAACAGGUGCAGGUUGGGGUAGAGUUUGAAGCAAACACAAGGCUACAAGAUACAACCUUCUCCUUUGGUUACCACCUGACUCUGCCCCAGGCCAAUAUGGUGUUUAGAGGCUUGGUGGACAGUAACUGGUGUGUCGGUGCUGUGCUGGAGAAGAAGAUGCCUCCCCUGCCCGUCACCCUGGCCCUUGGAGCCUUCCUCAAUCACUGGCGCAACAGAUUCCACUGUGGUUUCAGCAUCACUGUGGGCUGAGCUUAUCCUGGAGCCAGCCUCCACAGCAGCUGGAACCUCUCUGAGUCAGGUGCCCUAGGGCCAGAGACAAACUAGGCCCCUCCCCAGAGCCUGUCUUGCUCGAUGACCUUUAGGUCCCAGGGCAGAGUGGAGGACAGGACCAUACCCUCCUCAGAACUGGAGCUGCCACAUGGUCAGCUGAUGAGGCCAUGGUUUAAGGUCCCCACCUGUCAUCAGCCCCACUGUCAUUUUUCACAUGCUCUACAGCUCUGGACUAAAGGAAAAAGAUUAAGGGAUAUGUCUAGCUGCCUGCCCUGCUUCCAUCUUUGUUUUCCAUUUGAUUCCUAACCCCUUCUUCAGAGCAGAAAAGUCUGCAUGGGAUUAGUUCCCCAUCUCAUUCCCUACCCCCAUCCCCCAUCUUGGUUUCCCAUCCCAGAUCCUUCCAAAACUGGGAAAGGAGGGCUUAAAGUCUAUAUCUUUGGCCUCAUGUAGGCCAAAGAAUGGACCCACCCAUUUCCAGAAGGAGCUUUACCUCUUAGCCCUGAGGCCCUGAGGCUUCCUCCUUUCAUUUUUUGUGCAUCCAGAAAAUAACUUUGUCUGCCUUUACCCCAACUCCUGGCCACCCACGACCGCAUGAAGAGGCAACAGUUAUGACUGCUUUAGACUUUCAUUGCAAUCACUGAGCUUUUCCAUUGGUCCCAAUCUCUCAUCCCAGCAAUUUCCCCAUUUCCAGUCCAGUGUGUCCCAGGUGGUCUAGGGAAAGAAGGAAGCCUAGCAUCAGCUGCAUAUCUCUUCGAGCAGUGGCAUCAUAGCAGACAGUCCCUGGAUGCGUUGGAUCUGAUACCAGUAUGCAUUGUUAAUGCUCCGGAGCUCAGCCAGCAGACCCAUCAGCUUUGCAUACAGAAAUCUGUGGAGGAAGAAGUAGGGUUACUAGGAAAAUAAGGCAGCUGAGAGUCCUGUCCUGAAGUCCUGACCCCCUGAACUCCUCCUGAAGCUAUACCUGAACAUUAGAGAAAAUCAUGCUCUGGUAUGAUGAAUUUGUCAGGAAUCUCAAAGGUCUCCAAGGUGGCUUCUAUUUGACACUACUUUUCCUCAUCAUGCCCAAUUUUUCCUGAAUUCAGAGCUCUGUAGCUAAGUGUUAAGAAAGCCCCUGACUUCAACAGUGUAGAUUCUGAUGCUUUCUAGAGCAAGUUCUAGAAGGUGGGUGUGUUCUAUGAUAUAAAGCAUUCCCUUUCUAGCAAACUCACUGAGGAAUGGGUAAGAACAAAAGUGGAGAAUACCUCAGAGCCUGCAUAGACCGUGGACUAUUGACUCAGGCUUUGGCUGUGAAGCUACGAAUGACCAUAAUUUCAAGGAAAAUUAAAAAAAAAAAAAAUCCAAGGAAUUGGUCCAAUGGAGAGGAAAGGAUGGGCCAAAAAGGGGAAACAAGUCUCCUAAAAAUCUGCUUUCAUCUGGAAAACUUGGAGAGGUGAGGUGAUGGAUGUCACCAAUCUCAGGCAUGCCUGUCACACAGAGCCUGUGAGCCACUACCUUGCAUCUCUACUGAAUAAAUAAUAAUAAAUCUGGGAACAGUGAGAUGAAA